AUGUCCAAGACCUUCACCACUGGCGACGUUGCGUCGCACAAUAAGCCUGACGACUUGUUUAUCAUCGUCGACGGCGACGUCUACGACCUCACAAAGUUCCAGGAUGACCACCCAGGUGGCAAGAAGAUCCUCCAGCGCGUCGCCGGAAAGGACGCCUCCAAGCAGUUCUGGAAGUACCACAACGAGGGUAUCCUGAAGAAGUACAAGGCCAAGCUGCACGUCGGCUCCCUCGACUCCAAGCCUAAGCCCGUCGAAGCCGCACCCGCUGCCGCUGCCCCCGUGCCCAAGAAGGCCGCCCCCAAGAAGGUCGUUGCCAGCAGCACCGAAGAGUCCGAGCCUAUGGAUCCUUUUGGUGACUUGGUCCCCUACGCCGACCCCAACUGGUACCAGGCCUACCACACUCCCUACUACAACGAGACACACGCUGCCCUACGUACCGAGAUCCGCGAAUGGGUCGAGACAAAUGUCGAGCCUUUCGUCGGUGAGUGGGACGAGAAGAAGGAGGUCGACCCUUCCAUCUAUAAGCAGAUGGGUGAGCGCGGUUACCUUGCCGGUCUGCUCGGUGUCCACUACCCUACACAGUACACCAACAACACUGUUGCAUCGGUGGCUCCCGAAAACUGGGAUCUCUUCCAUGAGAUGCUUCUGACCGACGAGCUGUCCCGCGCAGCAUCAGGUGGCUUUGUCUGGAACGUCAUUGGUGGUUUCGGCAUUGGCUGCCCGCCCCUGGUCAAGUUUGGUCAGAAGGCUCUCGUUGACCGUAUCCUGCCCGGCAUUCUCAACGGUGACAAGCGCAUCUGCUUGGCCAUUACCGAGCCCGAUGCCGGCUCUGAUGUUGCCAACCUGACCUGCGAGGCUAAGCUCAGCGAGGAUGGAAAGCACUUCAUCGUCAACGGCGAGAAGAAGUGGAUUACUAACGGUAUUUGGUGCGACUACUUCACCACUGCCGUACGCACGGGUGGCGAGGGCAUGAAUGGUGUUAGCUUGCUGCUUAUCGAGAGAGGACCUGGUGUCACGACAAGACGUAUGGACUGCCAGGGUGUCUGGUCCAGCGGUACCACCUACAUCACCUUUGAGGAUGUCAAGGUCCCUGUUGAGAACCUGCUCGGCAAGAAGAACCAGGGCUUCAGAGUCAUCAUGACCAACUUCAACCACGAGCGAAUUGGUAUCAUCAUCCAGUGCCUGCGCUUCUCUCGUGUGUGCUACGAGGAGUCCGUCAAGUACGCCAACAAGCGUCGUACCUUUGGCAAGAAACUCUACGAGCACCCCGUCAUUCGUCUCAAGCUUGCGCAUAUGGCCCGCCAGAUUGAGGCUUCGUACGCAUGGCUCGAGAACCUCAUCUUCCAGUGUCAGAAGAUGGGUGAGACUGAGGCCAUGCUAAAGCUUGGUGGUGCCAUUGCCGGUCUCAAGGCCCAGAGCACCGUCACCUUUGAGUUCUGCGCUCGUGAGGCGUCGCAGAUCUUUGGUGGUCUGUCGUACUCUCGCGGUGGCCAGGGUGGCAAGGUCGAGAGGCUGUACCGCGACGUCCGCGCAUAUGCCAUUCCCGGUGGUAGUGAGGAGAUUAUGCUCGACUUGAGCAUUCGACAGAGCAUGCGUGUGCACAAGGCACUUGGCAUGAAGUUGUAA